AUGUCCCGGUGGUCUCAAAUACUCCCUUGUCUCCGCCGUCCGCAACACCGGCGCGCCAAGGGUGCAUGGCCAGAUGUUUUCUCGAAAGCCUGGUUGUUGACUCUGUGCACCAUCGUCAGCCUGCUCUACCUAUUCUGCCAUUUCGCCCUUCCUCACCUGCUCAAAUUCCGUCUUCGAACCGACCUGAGCUGGUACGAUCUUGGCCUGUAUGGCUUCGGACCGACCCGAUCGUAUGCCUCCUUCGAGUAUGAAUCGCCUGUGGUAGAGAUCUUCCAAUGGGACUCGGGAUGUGAUCCGCGAUAUACCUUUCUUGCUCCGCGCGGCGAUUCAAUCCCCCAUCCGGGGCCGAUGAUCCUCGAUGCGGCCGGGAAUCUCGUCUGGAUGAAAUACAACCACGACAUUACGCAAGAUUUCAAGCUUCAGAGAUAUCAGGGUGAAGACUUUCUCACCUACUGGGAGGGAGAGGAGGUUGCAGGAGGUCUUGGCCAGGGAUCAUGGUUUAUGUUGGAUUCGACUUAUACCCAACGCUAUGAGAUCCGCCCCGUUGGCGAUUUUGACGGCGGCGACCUGCACGAAUUCACCCUGACACAUGACGGAACCGCGUUGGUAACCAUUUACAAACCUAUCCCGGCCAAUCUGACAGCCAUCGGUGGCCCAGUCUUGGGCUGGCUCUACGACGGACUGUUCCAGGAGAUUGAUAUCGCGACAGGGGAAUUGCUCUUCGAGUGGCGCGCUUCGAACCAUUUUCCUGUCAACGUGACAUACGAGGCUCUCAACACAAAAGGCUAUGAGAAGGAUGCAGCGUUUGAUUAUUAUCACAUCAACAGUGUCGACAAGGAUGCGCAAGGCAACUAUCUGAUAUCGGCUCGACAUGCUCAUUCCGUGAGCUAUAUCGAUGGAAGCACUGGCGCCGUGCUCUGGACGCUUGGUGGGAAAACGAACGACUUUAAAGACUUGUCUGACGGGACCGCUACAGAUUUCCGCUGGCAACACGAUGCGCGCUGGCGUGAUAACAACACCAUAACCCUCUUUGAUAACACAGCGCAUUCCAACGAGGAUCCUGAGGCGUCAAGUCGUGGAAUGCGCAUCCAUCUCGAUUUCGAAUCCCAGGCCGCGGAGUUGGAAGUUGCGUACCACCAUUCGCAAGUCUUGAAGUCGACGUCGCAGGGCAAUAUGCAGGUUCUGGAGGAUACCGGAAACGUCUUUAUCGGAUGGGGUCACAGUGCCGCCUAUACAGAGUUCACACCGGAUGGGAGCGUUGUAUGCGACGUGCAUUUUGGCGCAUCGCUGUAUUACACCUUUGGGCGCGUGGUCUCUUACCGUGCCUUCAAGGAUUCGUGGAUUGGCCGUCCGCUCACCAACCCAGACGCCGUUGUAGACGACAACAUCGUCUACGUGAGCUGGAACGGUGCUACCGAAGUAGCCGCCUGGCAGCUCGAGGUGUGGGAUGGACACGAUUUGGACAACCUGACCUUCAACGCGGCUCUGCAGGUCAACAAGGAUGGCUUUGAGACCGAGCUCGAGAUCCCCGACGGCGUGGGCAGUGACAUACUUCGGGUCGCCGCAGUGGAUGCUCAUGGUACGGUUCUGGGAAGGUCGACUCCGCUCCAGCGGCCGCUGGGAUUACGACUGGAUAGAUUCCUCAACCUACAGUCCUGUAUGCUGGGGAUUGCCUUUCUAAUCGCUGGAAGCGAGCUGCUGCUCGGGCUAUAUCGGUAUUGCUAUUGUCGCAUCUGGCGACGGCGAUCCAGUGACUAUCAACUGGUAGAUAUGAGUGAGAACGAAGGAGAUCGGUCGGUUUAG